AUGCAAAUCCUUGGUAGCUUGGAGCAAACCAAGCUGACAAACCCUGAUAUAGAACAGGAGGAGGCUAUGUCAGAUGGCAUGCAGGUGAAAGAGUGGGACCGUAGAUGGAUUUUGACUGGGUUUUAUGGGAACCCUCUGGUUGCAAAGAAGAUGGAAAGCUGGAAUCUGUUGAGGCAUAUUACACCCAAUGACCAAGUCCCUUGGUUGUGUAUGGAGGACUUUAAUGAGAUCAUAUCUCAAGAUGAAAAAGCUGGUGCUACUCUCAAACCAUAUAGACAAAUGGAAAUUUUUAGGGAAGCUCUAGAGGACUGUGGAUUAAGUGAUCUGGGCUUUGAGGACUCAAAAUAUACAUGGUGUAAUGGCAGAGAAGGUAGAGAAUUCACCAAGGAAAGAUUGGAUAGAGUGGUUAUUGCUGAGAAGAGGGAGAAGAUUAAGGAGCUGCAAAGGUUGAAUCAAGGGGAACUCUCAGAGUCAAUUAAAGAGGUGCAAAAGGAUGUAGAUAAUUUUCUUGAAGCUGAGGAUCUCAAAUGGCGCCAAAGAGCAAAGCAAAGGUGGUUUAAAGAUGGAGACAGAAACACCCAAUUCAUUCACUCAUAUGCAAACCAAAGAAAGAAGUCCAAUUCCAUCCUUAGUAUCUCUAAUGAGGAUGGUGUGCAUGCAACACAACCAAAGGAAGUCAGUGACCUUUUUCAAGCUUUCUACAUGGACGUCUUCACCACCUCACAGCCUCAAGGGAUCAAAGAUAGCAUAGCUCACCUGGGGAAAACUGUGACUGCUGAGAUGAACUCUCAACUGCUUAAUGAGUUCACCUCUGAAGAGAUCUAA